ACUUUCGCUUUAGUUGAGCUCUGUGAGGACAGCGAACGCACGUUUCUGAGAGACUCCAAAAGAAAAACUGACCAAAGAUGAUGUUUGCUAUUUUUCUGACAGCUCUUCUAGCUGUCUCCUUUGCUGAGGAGCCCAAACACACUCCGCCCAAGGUCCAGGUGUACAGCCGAGAGCCAGGACAGUUUGGGCAAGAAAACAUCCUGAUCUGCCGAGUGAGUGGCUUCCACCCCCCUGACAUCAGCAUCCAGCUGAUGAAGGACGGGCUGGAGCUCCCCAACGCCAACCAGACCGACCUGGCCUUCAAGCAGAACUGGCACUUCCACCUGACCAAGAACGUGGCCUUCAAACCCAUGCCUGAGGAAAAGUACAGCUGCAAGGUCACACACGGGAGUACCGUUAAAGACUACGCCUGGGAACCAAACAUGUAAAGCACAUGUUGGCGGAGGCCCGCGGCUACAACAGCGUCUAUUCUUCACUCUCCAAUCAACAGGAUCACCGUCUCUCCCGACUUCCUUGCUUCUCUUUUUGCCCACAAUACAUAAAUAUUGAUAUACUACGGGGAAUUCUUCACUCAACUAUCUGAACGAGAGAGAGUGGACGGGCUGCACGGCAUUUAGGCGUUUGUAAUUUAGCAAUGUGUUGCUUGGAAUACUUAUUUUCCAGUUUUUGAUCCUGAAAUGUGUGUAGCUGGAAAUUUAAUAUUUCUUUGUUUCUGUACGCAAAGUGUUGAGAUUUAAUGACUCUCAUGACUCUUUUCUUUACCUAGAUGAGGCGAUCAAAUGCUAUUUGGUGACAUUAUUAAUACACAAAUGGGGUGUUCUUGAUAGAAGUGUGUUUUAUCAUUUUGAUUUGUAAUUUGAGGUAUUUGUUAAUGCCUUCUUCUAAAUAAAUGCCUCUUGAAAACCU